UGUCCCGCACCGCAGGCAUUUCCGCAGGGAUCCCCGCCUGCCUCACCCUCCUCCCCGCACCCCACCCGGCCGAUUAGCGGAUUUAAUCACAUCCCUUUGGAUUUCACACCAAAUUCCCCCGGUACAGCGCUUGUGGCCAUUCCUGGGGCUGCCUUCAGCUUCCCUCUAGCGGAUCGGCCUAAAACCGCUCUUCCGCAGGCGAUCCCGAGCUUUAGAGCGGCUCCAAACUACAAAUACCAGCAGCUCCAGCACCGCUGAGAGGCCCCAGGACCCACCUCUCCUAGAAUUAACCUCUCCAGUUUAUUGUAGCAAAUAUUUAUAAAAAAUUUUAUUUUUCAUGUAUAGCUAUAAAAGCAAAGCAUUUUGAAACAUUGUCUCUGGCUGAGCUAUUUUUAUAGCUGUGCUCUUUAAUUUUUUUUUCCUGUGGUGGGUGGCCCUUCCUACCUCAUCGCAGAGUGACAGUGACAGAAGGACCCAGACCUUUAAUCCUGUUUCGCAGCAGGUUUAGCAGAGGAGCGGCUGCAGCAGCCUGGAAAUGACCAUGGAGAAGAUCCUGAAGGCAGAACUGAACACCAACCUGCUGAAGGCACUGGGGAGCUCCGGGGGAGGAUGCAUCAGCCAAGGCCAAACCUAUGAGACAGACAGAGGACGGGUAUUUGUGAAAAUCAACCACAAACCUCAGGCUAGAAAAAUGUUUGAAGGGGAAAUGGCAAGUUUGGAAGCCAUUCAGAAAACCAACAUUGUGAGAGUGCCUCAGCCCAUCAAAGUGAUUGACCUGCCAGGAGGAGGAGCCAUGUUUGCCAUGGAGUACCUAAAGAUGAAGCACCUCAACAAAUACUCUUCAAAGCUGGGAGAGCAGAUAGCAGAGCUUCAUCUUCAUAACCAGAAACUUGGAGAGAAGCUGAAGGCUGAGGGGAGCACAAUUGGAAAAGGAGCUGGUCACUCUGAGGCCCAGUUUGUGGAUAAGUUUGGAUUCCACACAGCCACUUGCUGUGGUUACAUCCCACAGGUGAAUGAGUGGCAGAGUGACUGGCCAUCCUUCUUCAUCCGCCACCGGCUCCAGGCUCAGCUGGAUUUGAUUGAAAAGGAUUAUGGAGACAGAGAAGCCAGAGAGCUCUGGUCACAGCUGAAACCAAAGAUUCCUGAAAUGUUCUGUGAUGUGGAAAUUGUUCCUGCUCUCCUGCACGGGGACCUGUGGGCAGGGAAUGUGGCUGAGGACGACUCUGGGCCGAUCAUAUUUGACCCUGCCUGCUUCUAUGGCCACUCAGAGUUUGAGCUGGCCAUUGCUGGCAUGUUUGGGGGUUUCAGCAGCUCUUUUUUCUCUGCCUAUCACAGUAAAAUACCCAAAGCUCCAGGGUUUGAGAAACGGAACAAGUUGUAUCAGCUCUUUAAUUACAUCAACCACUGGAACCAUUUUGGGACAGGGUACAGGGGCUCUACCCUAAACAUGAUGAGGAAACUUCUGAAGUAACCAGGUAAUCUGAGAAAUUCUGACACAGUCCCUUAGGAAUGAGCAGCCCCUGCUCAUCCCAAGUACCACAAACUCAGAAUUGGUGGUAAAACACCUGAUAUGGGUAAGGUUUAAUGCACUUUGAGCCUCACUAACUAAAAGCAAUUGUGUAAUCUUUAACUUGGGCACUGGUUUCCCUGCACAGAUUCCUCCCUGCUGGAGGAAAGGGCUGCACUGUUUGUCAAGGCUCCAGUGGCCUGGAAAGCAGCACAGCCAGCCUGCCCUUGCUGCUCUCUCACCUCUGUGCUCUGCUCCCACAGCUGCUCCACAGCAGCAUCUUCCCAGCCCUGCUCCUGCUCCAGCUGCAGUUCGGUGUGGGGAGCUGCACUUGUGGGACAGUGCUGCUGGAAGCAAGUUCUUGUGUCUGCCCUUGUUAGUUCUGGGUUGGUUUUCUGUCUGUUCCCCCACCCUUUCUCCAUGGUCUUCUGUUUCCCCUUCCCUUCCCUUCCCUUCCCUUCCCUUCCCUUCCCUUCCCU